AUGACCCCCCAAGGAAAUGCAGCUUUUCUUCUCUUAUUAUCCGUCGUGUUCCUGUCAUGGAGAAUUAGCCACGGAGGGAAGAUUUUGGUCUUUCCUUUGGAGGGAAGCCACUGGGUGAACAUGGACAUCAUGAUCAAAGCUCUCCACUCUCGAGGACACUCAGUCGAUGUGGUACGAACCAAUCAGAGCUGGUACAUCCAUGAUGACUCCCCGCACUACAAGACAAUCACAGUUCCUGUCGCUGAAGCCUUUAAUCAUGACUUCAUUAACCCCAUCCUGAAAAAGAUCAUUGGCAUAGAAAGAGGAGAGAGCUCAGCUUUGACCUUUGCAAGCUUGCAGGUUGAGAUGUUUACAGCGAUGUAUAACAUGCAUAGAAUAAUGUGCAAAAUGGCUACUGUUAUGUUUCAAGAUAAAGCCUUGAUGAGUAGUCUGAAGGAAAAGAAGUAUGACUUGGUCCUGACAGACCCGGCAUGGGGUGCAGGUAUAAUGCUGGCUCAUGCUCUGAAGCUACCCCUGGUCUAUAAUGUGCGGUGGAUCACUAGCGGAGAGGGGCACACGGCCAUCGCACCUUCUCCUAUAUCUUAUGUCCCAAUGACCGGCUCAGGACUGUCAGACAAAAUGACUUUCAUACAAAGAGUACAAAAUCUCCUUUUCUCUCUCAUUUGGCGAGCUCAGGAUGGAUUUUUAAUCAGCCCUCAGUAUCAAGCUGUUUGUGAUGAGUUCUUCGGCCCAGAAGUCAGAUACAGUGAGUUAUUACAGGGUGCAGACAUCUGGCUCAUGAGAGUGGACUUUGUGUUUGAGUUCCCCCGUCCCACCAUGCCUAACGUUGUCUAUAUGGGAGGGUUCCAGUGUAAACCAGCAAAACCUCUUCCUGAACACCUGGAGGAGUUUGUGCAGAGUUCUGGAGAGCAUGGGGUCAUCAUCAUGUCUCUGGGGACUUUUGUGAGUGAACUUCCUGCUGAUCUUACAGAAGAGAUCGCUGCAACUUUUGCUAAAUUACCUCAGAAAGUCAUCUGGAGGCAUAAAGGUGACAGACCAGCCUCUCUGGGCAACAACACUUUAAUAGUCGACUGGAUGCCUCAGAAUGAUCUUUUAGGACAUCCAAAAAUGAAACUAUUUGUGGCUCAUGGAGGAACAAAUGGAGUUCAAGAAGCUAUUUAUCACGGAGUCCCAGUUGUGGGUCUGCCUGUCUUUUUCGACCAAUACGACAACCUGCUGCGUCUGCAAGAGAGAGGAGGAGCUAAGAUUCUUACAUUAGCCACAGUGGAUAAAGACGACAACUUUCUUAAGGCCAUACAGGAAGUCCUGAAUGAGCCCUCCUACAGGAUGAACAUGCAGAGACUCUCCAGGCUGCACAGAGAUCAGCCAAUCAAGCCGCUGGAUAACGCCCUCUUCUGGAUAGAGUUUGUCAUGAGACACAAAGGUGCAGCUCACCUGAAAGCAGAGUCCUACAGAAUGCCCUGGUACUCCUACCACUCUGUUGACAUCCUCGCCCUCUGUCUGCACCUGCUGCUCCUCCUCCACCAUGUCUGCAUUUGCCUGCUGAGUCGCCGCACUGUAAGAGUGGAUGAGUUGACAUUCACCGAGUGUUGGCAGGACGUCAGAGACAGUGCAUCUGAACUCAACACCGUCUCCCUCGCUGACAGUGGACGGCCCAGCUACUGA